CAAUAUCGGAGUGUGUUUUUAGUUCAUCAGAUCGAAUAUUAGAAAAAAGAAGAUAGUUUUUAAAUUCAGAUAUUGUUGAUGAUAUUUUGAUGAUUAGAAAUUUUCGAGAUAUAUAAUGUUGCUGUUUUUUGCUUCAUGGUUGUAACAAAUUGAAAUGAAAUUAUAUAAUGAAUUAAUAUGAAAGUUUGGAAUUUUCUUUAGUUUUAAAGAAAACAAGGCAGGGCAGGGCAGGGUCAGGUUGUGAAAAUCUGAGCAGGGGAGGUUACAGGUUGUCAAAAUAGCGUAACCUGCAGCCCUCUAGCGCCAUCCCUGUAGAAUUAAUUAUAUACUUCAGCAUUCAUAUUAGACCAUAUUUCAUAAAAGAAACAAACAAUUCAUUUUUAUAUUUUUAAUAUACUAGGCAUGGAUCUCCUUUGACUAAUUUUGCGGGUAUAAUAAGUCAAGGUUUACGUAUUGCACCACCCGAAGCACCUGUGACUGGUUAUAUGUUUGGAAAAGGUGUAUAUUUUGCUGAUAUGAGUAGUAAAAGUGCCAAUUAUUGUCAUCCAAGUCGAAGUAAAGAUACUGGUCUUUUACUUCUUUCUGAGGUUGCUCUUGGUAAAUGUAAUGAAUUAAUACAUGCUGAUUAUAACGCUAAUAAAUUACCAGCAGGUUUAUCAAGUGUUAAAGCACUUGGUACAGUUGUACCUAAUGUAAAGAAUGAAGUUAAAUUAGAUGGUGAUGUUAUUAUACCAAUGGGUCCCGGUGAACCAACGACAGCACCUAAUGCAAAAAAUUCUACACUUAAUUAUAAUGAAUAUAUUGUUUAUGAUACAAAACAAGUUCGAAUGCGAUAUUUAAUUAAAUUGAAAUUUUCGUUUACAUAG